CUUGACUCAACUGAAUCAACUGAAAGGUCACAACACACAACAUGACACUGAUUCAAUUUAAAGGAGAAAAUGUCAAAACAAAGAACAUAAUUAAAGUUUUGGAAGGCUUAAAACUGAGUGGAUUGAUGCCUACGGCCAACUACAUGUCGUAUUGGGACAGUACACUCGACGAAUCGUGUCCAUCAGUAGAAUUCGCGUGCAGAGAUGGAAGCUUCUGCAACAUUGUAUUGACGCGUUGUCAUACUGGAGUUAGCAUAUGCGAUUCACAAUCAGAAGACAGCAGCAUGGCGACGGAGCGAGAGCACAAAACUGUGCGCAAGAGAGCAGCCCCUAAUCGACUAAUUGAGAAUAACGACGAAGAAACCGCACAAGCACCAACCCAACUGGUGACCAUCAAUAAAGUCAAGGAAGAAAACUUGUUCUUGAAAUCUAAAGUUUAUUUCCUUGAAGAAAAAUGCAAAGAUGUGGAAAAUGAGAGGGAUUUUCUUCGGAGCAGUUUAACCAAUGCCCUGUCAACCAAAGAAACAAAAGAGUCGAAGAGGUCUAUUGUGAUCACAGAUUCUUCUGAUGAGGACCAUGUACGAGCAGAAAAGAAAAAGUACAGAAAGGGAAGCAAGAAGUCCAAAAGAGACAACUCACCUUCUAGUUCAUUCCAGUCCUCAUCUUCCUCAGAUUCUUACUCUUCUUCAUCACCUCACAAGCCUAAGAAGAGCAAGAAGGGAAAGAAAGCACAGAAAAGUGCAAAAAGCAGAAGAGUAUUUUUACCAGAGCAAGUCAUAGGAAGAUACAAAAAGGUCCUGAAGUACCUGUCAAAAGGAGCAACCAAAACGGAAGCAUACCAAAAGUGUGGUGUGGAUAGGAAGACAAUUGUCGAUACGUCUGCCAUUGCUGAGUUGGAAGCCUGUGACAUCACAGCGUACAAUAAAUUACGUGCUGCCUUUCAAAAAGGGCAAAAGCUGUCCGACUUUGCAGACCGUUGUUGGAAGUUGUGCACACAGGAACCAGUGUGCACUGCCAUUGAGGAAAAAAAGAGAAAUGGGGAGCUUAUAGACAUUCCACAAAAGAAUAAAUAACAUGUUACCAAUGUUCUAAUGUACAUUCUCAGUUUAUCCUCUUAAUCUAAUUGUGUUUAAGGUUAUUUUUUUUUUUUUUUUUUUUUUUUUUUUUUUAAAUUUAGCCACCAUGUUUGGCUCAGUUUCUCAUCACAGUUUGUUGAAUGUGUUAAUGUUGUUUCAUUCCGAAAUACAGAAUUUUGCUUGUGGCUAGUUUCAUCAUUGUGCCAAAUUUAAUUUAAUUUAGAAUGUUCAGACAUCAUAUUUUGCACAGUGCUUUAUUCUUGCACACCUAGUUGUGCAUUAUUCGCAUAAUGUGUAAUUUUCUUUUAUGAUAAUCAUAUGGAAAUGUUUCAGUGCUUGUAAUUAAAACCGUGUUAGACUCAAUCACUGCAG